AUGCUGCUGCGACGGGUCAAGGCGAGUGACGCCCGAACUUCCGCCAGCAUCGUCGCUGCCCUGGACGAAAGCGCCCCAAGUGGCGCUGGCGUCAAGCCCGCCGCGUCUACGGCAGCCACUAAUAGCUGCGGUGUCGAUGAGGAUUCAGUGUGUGAGGCACGAGCGAUGACGGCCUCCUCCUCCUCCGUCAUGGCCGCCGUGCUCUCACGGCUUGCGGAGGCAGAGUGCUGCAUGUGUCGUAACCCCUCUGCGGGGCCGUUGAUGCUGUUUGCCAACACCAUCACCUCGGACACCUUGUACCGUCUUCGUUUUGAUGCGUCCGAGCGAGACGCACCGAUGGCCCUGAAGCUGAACGCGCAAAUUCAUCUCUGUGGGCAUGCAGGACACAAGACGUGUGUGGCAAAAAUGAUUGACCGUAUCAACCUUAUUCUGGAACGAGGUUCUCCGCUCACUGUGCCCUCCUCUUUCGGUUUAAGGAGUUUCAGCUGCCCCCUCUGCAACAUGGUCUGCACGGGGCUGUGUCCGAUGCCCACGCUGGCAGCCAAUGCGGAGGAGCGAGCGUCAUCCGCAUCACCGGCCUCGUUAUUUGAAGGCGUGCGCAGCGACACGCUGAAGACGACCGAAGACGUGUUGACGCUGUAUCGCUUGCUUGCCCGUGCAGCUGUUGGUGCCCCCUCAUCGUCGUCGCCUUCCGGUAUGGGUGCCUUGGUGAGUCCGAGUGGGCUGCAACGGCUUGACCCAGGCGCAUGGGCCCUUGCGGAGACGUUGCGUACCAUUCGGAGUCAGAUGUGUGUGGCGCUGGAGUGGGUGAAGGCGGGUGGCGAGGUGCAGUACAGUGAGUUGUUGACCUUGCUUUCACUGCUUGUGUGCAUUGACCCCAAGCUUCUCGCUGCCAAUGCCGCGAAGCUUACAGCUGAGUUCCAGCGCAAGGGGGAUGAGUUAUGCCUACUGCUGAUGCAACUUUUACAUUGCCCCGCAACGGCCGCAGUGUCCCUUGCACAGUAUACCAAGCUGCUCAUUCUUUCGAGUGAGCAUGAUGCGCUUGUCAACCCCGUCUCGGGAGAGAAGGGUGCGGACGCCCAUAAUAAGCUUCUGAUCGCCAUGUGGCGGGAACUCGGAUGCCUCACACUGUUGAAGCUGGUUAUCUUGGAUACUUUUGCUCCAGAGAUGGUGCAGUGCAAGGACGGCAAGGUGCAUUUGACCCCCUUGAACCCAGACACUCUCGCCACCUUGGAGGGUCGGCGGCGGGCCGUGCUUGCCAUGUUGCGUUACCUGCUGCAGGUCCCAUCCGCGACGGAGCAGGAGGAUGAACUCUGCACCGCGUUAUCGGCGCUUGUGCAACAUGUGACGGUGACUGGUGGGGGAAGCGAGCCGCAGACGGUUUGGCUGGGUGGAAUACCUACACCGCAGCUUAUGCAAUGCAAGCCGCUGCUGCUACCGUAUGAUGGCCCCCUGCUAUGGAGGCAGCUUGUUGUGUGCCGAGUGUUUCAUUUGGCGCCCACCUUCGUGGAUUUGAUUCUCAACACGAGUUCCGCGGAGCCAUGCAGCGUGUGUGGCGAUAAUGAGGCCCGACGUGUGUGGUGUUCGCUCUGUGGUCGUUCUCUCUGCCUGCGUCCGUUGCUGACGCCGCCUGAGCUGUACGACCACGCACGUGACUGCGGAAACGGGAUCGGCAUUUACCUUCACCCAGAGUCGAACGUCUUCCUCGUGUUGCUGACGGUCCAGGAACGCCACCUGCACUACCGCGGCCUGUACGCAGACAAGUAUGGGCAGACCAGCGUGCGUGAGUUUCAUGGCCGCAACGUCCCGCUGAAUGACACGGCGGUAAAGGCGUGGCUUUCGCUUUGGAUCCGCUCACGGUGGGGCGUCCAGUCCACCGUUGUGAGGAAGCUGGAGUUGGGGGACCUGCGACAUUUGUAA